AUGCCUGCAUCUAAUUUAUUUGAAUUCCGGUUUGUUUUAGAUACCGUUGUAGCCACACUCUCCGUCCGUGUUAGGAAGUGGGAAGAAAUAAUUGAAAGAACUGAAGUAGUAGAAUCUUUAAAACCUCUGGAAACAUACUGUAAAAAUGUUGUGAAUGUGGUGAAGGAAUUGGAACCAAAAUUGAAAUCUGCUACUCUGUCAUGUGAUAUAGAUCAAUCACAAAGACCAAAGAGUGUCCAUACCGACACCAUUAAUGUUCAACUUGCAGUGUUAUCGAGUGAAAUGGAAGAAGUAUUUUCAUCAAAAACAUGGUUCCCAUCGUUGAAGAAUACACUCGAAUCGGGUGUUGUGAGUGUGAAUAGCGCGUGGCUAACUGAUGGCCUAAUCAAAUCAAAUGAAAUAAACACUGUUUUAGUAUGUAGUAAACUUAACAAUACUCUUGAACCACAUUCUGUAAUUUUAACACAAAAUGCAUGA